AUCGGAAAGCAGGCCAUGUCCAUAUGUUUUUUGAUGAUGAUUGGCAAGUGAUACCGGCGCCUUGGUCUUAUGGUCACGAUAUUGAGACCUCAUGGUUAUUGUAUGAAGCAGCAGAACAUGUACAGUAUCGCCUAGACGAAGUGAGAGACGUUGCCAUAUUACUUGCUGAAGGUGUAUUGCCCGUAGUGGAUGCGGAAGGUGGUGUCACCUACGAAAGUCACCUGAAUCAAAAACAUUGGUGGGUACAAGCAGAAGCUAUGGUGGGAUUUAUGAAUGCUUACCAAUUGACAGAUGAUGAGAAGUAUCUAGAUGCUGUGUAUCGUAUUUGGGAUUAUACCAAAAAAUAUAUCAAAGAUACAGAAAAUGGAGAGUGGUUUUGGGGAAGGAAUGAAGAUGGAACAGUCAUGGAUCAUGAAGAUAAAAUA